CGGAGAGAGAUGGACAUUCAUUUCUGACCAAGGAAAGGUCUUGUGGCUGCACUAGAAGAAGUAUACUCUUCUACACAUCACCGUUUCGACGUACGCCAUAUGUAUACCACCUUUCAGAAAAAAUGGAAAGACGAACAAUUUAGGUCCUUGUUUUGGCUAGCUGCAAAAUCCACUAUGAUGUGUUCCUUUGAAAAAUAUAUGAAUAAGCUAAAGGAUAAAGAUUAUAGUGCAUGGGAAUAUCUCAGCGAAGUCGUUCCGGAGAGAUGGAGUAGAGCACAUUUUGAAAACCAUGUCAAGUGUCAUGUGUUCUCAAGUAGCAUCAUUGAGUGCUUCAAUGGAGUUAUUAUAAAAAAGUAUCGAGACAAUCAUGUAGAUAUCCUUAUUGACAAUAUAAGGACUAAAGCAAUGAAGUUAAUGAGGAAGCAAAAGAAACUGAUGAAGAAAAG